AUGAGAGAUCUCCCUGAAUUCGACGCCCUGCCACCAGUGGAGGGGCGACCGCAGGGCAACACCUGGGGGUUCUGGGGCGCAGACGACGAAAUCGGAACCUUGAAUCUUCUCACUCCAGACACGGUCCAGCGCGCAGCCGCCGAGGUCAAGAGCGGCAGGUCCGCAUCCUUGGACUACCCGCUAGACCACUUCACUGAGCGCCUCGGCGUCCGCCGCGAGCUCGAGCAGAAAGUGAUCAACUAUCGCACCCUGGCGGGCAUGUAUGUCUACGACGACGAGCUGCAUUUCAACACCCAAAGCAGCUCCCAGUGGGACGGCCUGACACACUGCGCGACCCAAAAAGACGGGUAUUUCUACAAUGACCUCAAAUUUGAGGACGUGUUGAAGAACAGGAACGGGAGAAAUGGAACGCAUAGGUGGUUGCAGAGAGGCGGCAUCGUUGGCCGCGGUGUCCUUUUGGACUAUCCGCUUUGGCGACAAGAGACUGGACAAAGCCGGGUCAAUGCAGGCUCAAGCCACGCAAUCACGGUGACGGAAUUGGAUGAGAUGGCCACACAUUUCAAGGUGAAAAUCCAGCAAGGCGACAUCCUCCUCCUUCGCACGGGCUACAGCGCAUGGUACAAUUCGGCCCCGACCGAAGAGCGAACCACUGUGAUUAAAGGGGAAGCAUUCAUUGGCGUCGAGGAGUCGAUGGCAGCCGUCCGGUGGCUCUGGAACAGACACGUCGCGGCCGUCGCCACCGACGCCCCAGGCUUUGAAGUCUGCCCUGUUCCGUGGGGGGACGAGUCCAAGGUGGUGCUGCAUGAGUGGAUAUUGGUCCAUUUUGGCAUGCCCCUGGGUGAACUGUGGAAUCUGGAGGAUUUGUCAGUCCUUUGCCAGCAAGAACGGCGGUGGUCCUUUUUCUUCACGAGUGCGCCUCUAAACGUAACCGGAGGAGUCGCAAGUCCGCCGAAUGCCAUAGCUGUGCUGUAA